AUGACGUUUGGUGUUGGACUGCUUUUUUCUUCCGACUGUGACUUCGAGGUUCUUCGUAGAGUUGUUUGGCUCGGAAUAUUCAGAAAAUUAGGUACCCUGUGCUUUGACAUCAUCGUGCCUCAGCCUGUGCCUUCAACAUCCUUCGUGCCUCAGCCUGUGCCUUCAACAUCCUUCGUGCCUCCAAACCCUUGUGCCAUAACAUCCUUGCCACCAAUCCCUUUGUGCCUGACAUCCUUCGUGCCUCAGCCUGUGCCUUCAACAUCCUUCGUGCCUCAGCCUGUGCCUUCAACAUCCUUCGUGCCUCAGCCUGUGCCUUCAUCCUUUGCACUCGCCUGUGCCUUUGCAUCAUUCGUGCCUCAGCCUGUGCGUGAUCCUUCAACAUCCUUCGUUCCUCGCCUGUGCCUUUCACCACCAUCCUUUGCACCUCAGCCUGUCCUUCAACUCCUUCGUGCCUCAGCCUGUGCCUUUCACCAUCCUCCCUGUGCCUUUGACAUCCUUCGUGCCUCAGCCUGUGCCUUUGACAUCCUUCGUGCCUCAGCCUGUGCCUUUGACAUCCUUCGUGCCUCAGCCUGUGCCUUUGACAUCCUUCGUGCCUCAGCCUGUGCUUUAACAUCCUUUUGCACCUCAGCCUGUGCCUUCAACAUCCUUUUGUGCCUCAAGCCUGUGCCUUCAACAUCCUUCGCGCCUCAGCCUGUGCCUUCAACAUCCUUCGUGCCUCACCUGUGCCUUUAA